UAUCAAAAACCCUUCUUUUCUGGUGCAUCCCCCUCCGAGCAGCUUCAACCCUUUCUAUCUUUUUUGGACAUAAAUAGAACUAUUAAUCUUUGAUAACAGCUGGUCGUAAUAAUAGCAGCACUUCUGUGUUGCUAUGUUGACAGAAGUGGUAGAACAUUUUCUCAUGGAGAGGUCGUGGUAGAUACCCGCCAUCUGCACUUGCUUCCUCCUUUAUAAGAAGAGAAGAGGGCUGUUGGAUGAUUGGCUUCAUCCUUCAGAUCCGAGUGCCAUCACUGUCGGCUGACAAGAAUGUGCACCAUUGACUGUGAUCUGCAUGUGGGCCGGGAUAACACUUGAAAUCAUUUCAGUGGAUGCUGAUUGAAGAGGCGACAUUGGGCAUCAUUCUGUGGAGCAGCUUUGGCUUUUAUUUCUCUGCAUUUACUCUGCACGCAUACAGUAGUUUUCUUUUUGAUAGACGCAUCUAAAAUUGCCACGAAAACAACGUUUGUCACUGAUACAGAGCUGCUGUGAAAAUUCUUGGUUUAUCUUAACACAUUUGAAACAGUCUGCUGUAUGACUCUGCACAGUUUGCAGCGACAUAGAUGUGUUAAUGACAAAAGACACCAGAACAUGAGCCAGCUAUGCAUGAUUCCAAAUUAGAAAGCCGUGGGACACCGACGCACACGGGGUGACGCGCUCAACGUUUCUAUUUAUCUGUCAUCUGCUCAGACUGUUGCUCUCUCUCUGUCUCUCUCCGGUGCAGUCGUGCGUCCUGCCGCUCUCACUAACUCACCGCGGAGGGAUUCAGUGCCAACACUUUCUCGUUGGACGCAGCGCACUGUGAGCGCACAGCUUUUUUUUCCAAACACGCAAUCUGCGAAGUUUUGGUUUACAAACGCGGGAUAUUCCUCGGAGAUAAAAUGACCUGAGAGACGUGGUAUUACCAGCAGCUCUGGCGAAAGUGGCGCGUGGGCGCUUGAACGCCAGCGCCGUGCGUAAUAACUCUGGGAGCAGGUGGAUGGAGAGGCUGGCGGGAUGCAGCUUUCCAGCAGGUCAGCGCCGCUUCGGAGCCGUUGGACUCCAUAUAGUAUCUGCUGAAGGACACCUUGCCACGAUGGACUUGAUAUGAAUAUGAAGUUUUCAAUUUUCAAUUUAAAAAUCUAUCUUGCUCUUUUACUGUUUCUCUACAGCUGGGAUGUGACACUUGUGGUUCCUCGUUAUUGAAAAUCCCCCGUCAUCCCGAUCCCCAGAGCCCCAAAUCCCUAGACCCUGAAGUCUUUAAUUCCCAAGUUAAUCUUAGAACUUACCACCUCAAGUUCCUUUACCCUUAUUUCCACAACCUUGCACCAUAAAACCAAUGCUUUUAAGCUUAUAAAAGCCUAACCUCAGACCCAAUAAUAUCUACUUACUCCAAACUCAUAAUCAGACCUUUACCUCUUACCCCUUGCCAUCUUUAGACACUCUGAGCCCUUAGAUACCCUAAACCCAGUGGUGUAGUGGAGGGUAUACGCAGGUAUACGGGGUACACCCACUUCUUUUCCUGGUCAAUUACAAUAUACCCUCCUAUCAGCCAAAAAGGAAUAUAUAGGAGCGUAGUACACCUACCUCAUCAACUACCACUACACCACUGCCUAAAGCCCUCUCAGUCAUCAUGGCCUUGGAUCAGUGGCCGUUUCUCCCGACUCCCCCCAACAUCUCCAUCCCUGAGCCCCUCCUGUAUGACAGCUACAUCCAGGGGAAUGAGUCCGACCUGGACCUGAACAUCACCGAAACCAAUGAGCCUCACCAGGACAAGACCAGCUCCAUGGUCAUCACCUUCAUCUAUUUCAUAGUAUGCACCGUGGGGCUGUGCGGCAACGCCCUGGUUAUAUAUGUCAUCCUGCGCUACGCCAAAAUGAAAACAGUGACGAACAUCUACAUCCUGAACCUGGCGGUGGCAGACGUCCUGUGCAUGAUGAGCCUGCCGUUCAUCGCCCUGCAGCUGGCGCUGGUGCACUGGCCCUUUGGGGAGGUGCUGUGCAGGGUGAUCAUGACUGUUGACUCUCUUAAUCAGUUCACCAGCAUCUUCUGUCUGAUGGUGAUGAGCAUCGAUCGAUACCUGGCUGUGGUCCACCCUAUCAAAUCCACAAAAUGGCGCAAGCCCCGUGUGGCCAAGCUAAUUAACCUGACAGUAUGGGGUGUGUCCCUGUUAGUCAUCUUGCCUACUAUGAUCUUCAGCGGCCUUGAUAAGGUGCCAGUGUGUGGGAUCAUGUGGCCGGAGCCCCAGGAUGUCUACUACACAGCCUUCAUAAUCUACACCUUCUUCAUAGGAUUCUUCCUGCCACUGGCAGUCAUAUGUCUGUGCUACCUGCUCAUUAUAGUCAAGGUAAAGUCGUCCGGCAUGCGAGUGGGUUCCACCAAGCGCAAGCGCUCUGAGCGCAAGGUGACGCGGAUGGUGUCCAUCGUGGUGGCGGUGUUCGUCCUUUGUUGGCUGCCUUUCUACAUAUUCAACGUCACCUCCGUCACCAGCUCUAUCAACCCCACCUCUGCUGUGAAGAGCACCUUCGACUUUGUAGUGGUGCUCGGCUACGCCAACAGCUGCGCUAACCCCAUCCUUUACGCCUUCCUGUCGGACAACUUCAAGAAGAGCUUUCAGAACGUCCUGUGCCUAAAAAAGGUGGCGGGCCUGGACGAAAUAGAGCGCAGUGACAGCAGGGCAGACAGGAGCAGGAUGGUUAACGAUGCUAUGAUCAUCAACGCCAACUUGGAGACUCACAAUGCUGCCCUGCUCAAUGGUGAACUGCAGACCAGCAUCUGAGCUGCAGUCACAUCCAGGGAGGCCUAAGAGACUCAGCAGUGGCGCUUCCAGACUGAUGAGCUGCCAGUACACUGCCACUGACCCUUGUUCAAAGAUGCGGGGGCAGGAGGAUGAUGUAAUAGCUGUUGCUCAUGGACAUCGACACAUGAACAAAGUCUAAGUGAAAAACAAACAAUUUCGUAAGGGUUUGCAGAGGUCAGGGAAAGUACACUGACUUCAGCUCAAAACUCUUGAUAUUUGGGUUAACGAGGCAACUUGGGCUGGUUUGCCCUGAGGCGGAGCAAAAAUGUAUCUCGCCUGAAGUGAUUUUCAGCACAGCAGAAACAAGUGAUGUUGAAAUCAAACAUAAAUAAGAGUGCUGUGUAAGAUUGCCAGCACUGAGGUUCCUUGAGUUGUAAAAAGUCAUGCAGACUGAACCAAAAUUGAAAAACAGAAGUGCAGGAUCUGAGAAUGGACUGCUGUGGACCCACUGGAGAAAUACUGGGGGUAAUUCACCCAUGGUAAAGAGAGAUCUAAGGGGAUAGAGCACCCUCCAGCUCACCUUGACGGAGUGUUUUGAGAGCUAUAAAGGGUCUGCAUUGAUUUGAGUGUGGAAAUACUGCUGAAGAAGUCAGCCAAAUGUUUCAGUGGAGAUCAGCCAACACUGUAAUACUAUAGACUUUGAAAUACAAAACUCUGAAACCACAAGUCAAAGGUGAAGAGCUUCAUGGUUAUGUUUUAUUCAUACCAGCUGAUUAGUCUGGUCUUUUGAUUAUCAGGGCGACAAAAUGGCAAGGCCCCCUCAAGAUGACAUCUUAUUUACCGAAAACCGGAGGAUGCUCCUUCCUCUCUCUUGCUGGCACCUUGCGGGAGGAACAGCAUUGAUCUGUAAACUCUCGAAUCGGACAUUCUGGAUUAUUGAUUAAGUAGAAGGAUGGAAAAACAUCUUGGUGGCCACUCUGACCUUGCCAUUUAUAAAACAGCUUGACUUUGUAUAUACAAAAUGGCUUUCUGUCAACCUCUGGGGAAAAGUUCCUGACAUGGAUGAUGACUCUGUGUCCUAACCCACAUGAAUUUCAAAGGCAUUCCCUGCUGUAAAGUUCUGUGUUCUUGUAAUUUGUCAUGGACAGCUCUGAAGCUAUGUUUGUGAAUCCAUCAUAUGUACUUUAUGCUUCACUCUAUAUGACUUUGCCUGGUCUUAAUAUUUCUCCCUGUGCCAGUGGUGCCAUUGUAAAGAGCCCAUUUCUACUUGUAAAGUGCUGUGUUUUGACAAUGUAAGAUUUCCUACUGAGUUCAUGCUGAAAUGUGGUCACUGCCCUCGGCUUCACAUUUGGUUCAGCCAGUGUGUGCUUGCAAGAAUGCCUCAGUUUCACAGAAGGCAGAAAAAUGUGUCAUGUAGUCUAACAGGGAGAAAAAGGCAGGAUAUAAGGAGACACAGAGAGAAGGAGAUGGAACACAUGAAGGCAAAACUUGACAGAUUUUCGUAGGGUGGAUGGAUACAGCUGACAGGAAGAGAGCAGUGUGUGUGUUUGUGAGGUGAGUGAUGAAGAGAGAUAGAAAAAUAGAGACAUAACUUUAAACACCUAUAUAAAAACUCUAUAAAUUGUUGUUAUAAGCCUUUUCACAGCCACUUUAGAUGUUACCAGCUCUUGUGCAACAAUGGCUCAGAAAGUCUGAUUGUAUUUGUUAAGUUAUAACUUUACUCAUAUGUAUCAAUAUAUCAAAUAUACAGUUUAAAGAUUUUUAAAAGGAUGGUAAAAAUUGAGGCAACAGGUGGUAUGGGUCAAGCUCUAAAAACUAUGGAUCCUACAUUUCCCAGGAUGCAACUGGAUUGUACCUUUCAUCAGAACCUCUGAACAUGUUAUAUGCCCACUUUAAUGCUAAUUAUAAACAUGGAUUUAGUGUGAACUUAGUCAUUACAUUGCCACCAAGGCCACUUACUGUUAAAAUAUGAAUUGUACGCUCACAUAUUGUAUACCAAAUGCCACAAAUAAUGUAGUUUUAACCUGUCAAGUGACCUUGAAUCAGUGUAUCUUGCAUCUCGUGGCCUUCAUUACACUGGAUGGAAACGAUUAGCAGGCGGCAGCUAUAGAUAAAUGUGCAUACAUCUGCAGUACAUUCCUGCGCUAUUUAUAAUUAGCAGAAUCCUGAGAGACAGAAGACUGACAGGAUGCCAGAUUGAUUAAUGGAAUAAUCAAUCAGUCAAUCAGUAGAAUGUCAUAGAGUUUACCCUGUUUCUUGUUUUUUUUUCUUCUUUUGUUUUUUUUAAGCCAUGUUAAUGGUGUAGUUCAGUGAGUGACAAUACCAGUCUGUCAGUUCACCAUUGUGGUUCAUAUUGAAAUAUCUCAACAACCAUUGGAUGGAUUGUCAUGAAAUUUGGUACAGAUAUUCAUGGUCAUUCAAUUGUAAUAAAUUUGGUGAUCUCUUAACAUUACAUCUUGCAUUAUCAUAAGGUCCAAUUUUUAAUUUAAGACCAAAUACCUGCAAAACUAAUUACAUUCCGAUUAGCCUCAGCUGUACUUUGUGUAGUUUUUUAGGAACUGUUAGCAUGCUAACAGCUAAACAAGCCAGUAGGGGAAUGCCCAUAAUUCUGACAGCUCAUGACUCAGAAGCCCCAGUAGUCCAAAAAUGUCCCAUCGGACCAUAAGGCCAUUUGUCCAAUAGUCUGUUAUCCCAAAAACAAAUGCGCAUUGCUCUAAAGGGUUGUUUCUCUGAAAGUAGUUUACACACUCAUUAUGCAGAAUGAAAAGGACCUUCUAACAAUUGUGAAGACAUUACCCACCCUUUUCUGACUAUUCUAUUCUCUGACUGGCUAGUAUGUUGCAUUCAUUGGUUGGGUUGGUUAGGUUAGGCAUGGCAUGACUAGGCAUGACGAAUGAGAUUUGGUUAAGGUUAGUAGUAGAAUAUCAGGGUAAGCCAAUCACAGGCAGAGUAAGGCAGGUCAUGCCUUCGCAUAAGUAGGAAGGUCCGAUGACAUCAUUUUGCAUAACAGUUAGCCAUGUACUUCUUUUUGGGCCUUUCAGUCUAUUGGGACAGUUUUUCAGACUACUGGGUCAGCAGAAUUAUGAAUCGUCGUAAAAUGGCAUGGAACCAAACAUCAUACCUGUUAAAUACCAGCAUGUUAGCAUGCCGAUGUUAGCAUUGAGCUCAAGUACAGCCACACAUCCACUAGCAUGGCUUUAGACAAGUUAGUUAGUUAGUAAAUUGGAACGUCUGUUCAUUUAUUUACAUUGAAAUAGCUCCAAUGAAUAUAUAUGUUUAGCAACCUUGAAAUUAAACUUACACCAUUUGUCAGGAUCAUUAGCUUUUAUAAAUUGGCUUGCUAGUAAAUUAGCUGGCUAAACCAAUAGCUGUUUGCUAAGCUGGGCUGACACCACUUAAUCUUGGAAGGCACUGGCUAUCAACUGAUGAUGAUAAAUCUUCUGGGGGGCAACAGGUGAUAUUUUGGAGGAUCCAGUGUAGCAAGGAAAUAUCCGGGACAAAACUCUUCCAUGCGCCACUCAUUUCAGCUAGUCUCUAAACACAGAAAUCUGCAUAUACAUGAUUACAUUUCAGCCAACUCUUUACCUGCGGAUUAAACGUGAUAGAUCAGUACUACUCUGAGUACAAUCACAAACCACGAACGCUUUUGAUAAGAAAAUCUUGUCCCAUUGCCUACAGAUUCUGCAUAUAUGCAUAUAUCUGUUUAUAGAGAUUAACUCCACUAAGCUACCGUUUCCUAAGUACAACGCUACAACAAAAGACCUUGUCACAGUGACCUAAACCUUAUCACUCCAUUAAUACUGACUGAAUGAGCCCACAUCCAUAGCAGAUAUCUAUUUCCGUUUCAGCUAUCAACCUGUUUGUGCACAGUGGCUUUUCCAACGUGCCUCCAUGAUUGAGCCACACCUGGUUGCCAGGAGAUUUGUCAAAUAACGGCAAGCCUCUAUAGCAAUAAGGUCAUCCACCACAUGCUGCGGUGUCAGAUUCACUUCAUCCCAGUGUAUCAGUCAAGUCAUAAGCCAUCAAUCAGUGCAAUCAAAGAGAUGAAGGGCCAGACAAGGCUUGUCCUGGGAGGUUACGGCAGAAAAUAAUUUGGCAUGGUAUUCUUUCUCGCUGCUGUCACUGCUAGUUGUAGUAUUUGCAGCAGGGUCAGUCCCAUCUUCACUCACAGGUCAAAAUACUCACAGUCAUAGACAUUUGAAGGCAUGCAUGUAGGUACAGUUUCAUAUGAUGUAUAAGAAUACAAGAAAUUACACUCUCUAGCCAUGUUGCUCUCAGUGUGUCACACAGACGUAAGUUGUCUGAGUAAUGCAGAAGGUGAUGAGGGUGACCAAUUCUGCAUACUGACCUAGACUGUGUUUGUGUAACUGUGUGAAACAUAACAUGCCAAGACCAAAGGCUGAAUGUGAAUGAUACCCAGUACCAGAAACAUGUUUGGAUUGCAACUCGAUUAUUACAUGUAAAGAAACCUGUGAAUGAAACAUGUUGUAUCUUUUUGUAUAUCUGCCAAUAUUCUGCCAAAUGUGUAUCACAGCAAGAAACUCAUUUGACAAUCUCACCCAUUGCUGUUAAGGUAUUUAGCGCCUUCAAGCCUGAAGUGCAAAAACUAUUAUCUCAUCAUCCACAGUUAAUUACUUUUGCUCUGUCCUUCUAUCCUUCUCUCUCUCUCUUUCUUUUGCAUGCACAGCUGGUGCAGAAUAAUAUGAGCCAACACCAACCCAAACUCAACUGAGCUGAAAUGAACUGAACCAUACUGAAGGAAACACACUAUGCCUGUUGUUGCUGCUGGCUAUUUGGACAUACUUAAUGGACUUAAUGUACUUAAUGGACCAUUCUGAUGUUUAUUAGAUGUUGAUAACAAGGUUUGUGCCAAAACCAGUGUAAAUGUAGCGCUAAAAGGACAGCUGAGGAAAUGAGAUGGUGGCGGUUGUCAUUUUGUGAAAUCCAGACCUAAUUAUCUCUCUGAAAAUUAGGUCAUAUUCUGGAAAAGUAAUUUGAGUCGACAUGGCUCUUUGUUCACCAGGCACAAUUAAGCGCCUAAUGUAAAAAGGGCAUUUGUCCGUAUUUCUGUCUGGUUCCUGCCACUGUAUAGUGUACAGAUGAGAGGAAGAAGCAGGGGAAUGGGAAACCUCUGCCUUCUGCGCUCAAGUUUCUUUUUUUGGAAACACAAGUUCAUUUGCGAAGGGCUAGAACGUGUACUCCUGAGGAUGCACCGUUCAAUAUUAACUCUAUGUAUUUGUGGUAUCCUCUGCUUGUUCUUGCAUGGGGAAGAUUGCGUAUCCCAUUUUAUGUGUCUCCUCAUUAACCAAAACCAGUGUUACUCACUUACUGGGUGGCCACCUUUUUUUGCUAGGAACACGAUCAGAAAAAAAGGUACAGAGAUGUGCUUGAGUUUGGGUUCAGCUUUAGCAACAGCAGGUGCCACUUUGUAGCUUUUUAAGUUAUGAUCAGCAGCAAAUACGAGUUGAUCUUUUGGUCAAAGAAAUAAAAUUGUAUGUAGGUUUCAACACUACAGAUGAGAAUCUUGAUUGAGCCACGUUUUAGCCAGGCUGGUCAUAACUUACAUGCUUGUUUCUGACAGUGUACAGCCAUGGAUACUUUUAUGUGCAGUUACUUUUAUCUAUGUGCCUUGGAACUAAAUAUAAACUCAUGUGAUGACAUCAAUGUACAGCAAAACAACAUUGUAACCUGUUUCUCCCAAAAGCCAAGCAACCAAAGGCCUUUGUACUGUACAAACAUGUUGGUAACCAAAACAUAACACAGACCUAUUGUAUAUCAUUUUAGUACUCUCUCCCCAGCUUACAUAGCUUAUGUUUGUGUGAUAUAAUGUGGGAAGCAGAUAUUUAUUUGUGACUCUUUAUUGUUGCAUAGAAUAUAAUGUGAUCAUUGAUUGUAAUGGACAGGCCACAGUGUCCUCGUCUCUGCAAUUAAAAUGCAGACCAGUUUCUG